AUGCCGAGCCAAACGGAAAUUGACCGCAAUACUCGCGCGGUCAAGGACGCGCUGAAGCGUCCCGCGAACCGGCGCUGCGCGGACUGCGAGGCGCGCGGCCCGACGGUGGCGUGCCUCAUGUACCGGACGUUCAUCUGCCAGAACUGCGCCGCGGCGCACCGCGAGCUCUUCCCGAGCGGGAAGCUCAAGUCCAUCUCGCUCGCGGAGUUCGCGACGGACGAGGUCCGGGCGAUGCGGCAGCACGGGAACGAGCCGAGCCGGAAGCUGUGGAUGGCCCACUGGGACGCGAGCGACAUGCCGGAGCCCGGCGCCCAGGCGAGCCGCGCGGAGCUCAAGCGCUACCUCACGGCCAAGUACGUCGACAAGCGCUGGGCCGGCGAGAAGCGCGCCGUCGACUACGCGGCCGCCGCGCCGAAAGCCGCGGCGCCCGCGGCGGCGCCGCCCGCGCGGCCCGUGGCGGCGCCCGCGCCGCCGCCGGCCCCGACGCCGGCGCCCGCGCCGGCGGCGCCGCCCGCGCCGCCGCGGCCGGGCUACCUCCGCGACGACCCGGGCGUGGUGCCCCCGGAGCAGAAGAAGAUCUCCAUCUCCUUCGGCAGCCGCGCCUCCGGCGGCGGCGCCGCGCCGCGCCUCGCCGCGCCGCCGGCCGCCGCCGCGCCGCGGCUCCAGAUCCGGCCGCCGACGGCCGCCGCGCCGCCGCCCGCGGCCGCGCCGCCCGCCGCGGCCCCGGCGCCGGCCGCGCCGGACCUUUUCGACGCCUUCGCGGCGCCCCCGGCGGCGGAGACGCCCGCGGCGCCGGACAUGUUCGCCGCGCCGCCCGCCGCGCCGGCGGCGCCGGACCCCUUCGGCGCGCCGCCCGCCGCGCCGCCCGCCGCGGCCGCCGCGCCGGACCCGUUCGGAGCGCCGCCGGCCGCGGCCGCCGCGCCGCCGGACAUGUUCGGCGCGCCGCAGGGCGCGCCGCAGGGCGCGCCGGACCCCUUUGGCGCGCCGCAGGGCGCGGCCGCGCCGGACCCCUUUGGCGCGCCCCAGCAGGCCGCGGCGGCCGCGCCGGACCCGUUCGGAGGCGCCGCGUUCCAGGGCGGCGCCGCGGCGGCGCCGCCCUCGCAGCCGGACCCCUUCGGCGGCGGCGCCGCGCCCCCCGCGGGGCUCCAGUCCAUGGGCGCCAUGCAGCAGCAGCUGCCGUCCUUCGGCGCCGCGGCGCCGCCGGCGGCCGCGGCGGGCCCCGCGCCGGGCGCCGCGUGCCUCGUCGACGCGGGCGGCGGCGCGUGGGCCAAGGGCCAGGUCCUCGGGAGCCAGGGCGGCGGCGUCGCCGUGCGCGGCCCCGGCGACGGCCCCGGCGGCCGCGUCGUCCCCGCGGCCGCCGUCGUCGAGCUCGCGGCGCCGGGCGGCGCGCUCGCCGUCGGCGCGGCGGUCUUCUACGAGUUCAUGGGCCGCGUCGAGCCCUGCGCCGUCGCCACGGUGCACACGGACGCGCCCGACGGCCAGCCCUACUACACCGUGACGCUCGCGUCGGGCCAGAGCCGCACGGUCGAGCCGCACCACGUCCUCGCGCCCAAGACUCCCGCGGCCGCGCCGGCGGCGGCCGCGGCGCCGCCGGCGGCGGCCGCGCCCGCCGACGACGACCCCUUCGCGUCGCUCACGGGCGGCGACGGGCCCCUCGUCGGCGGCGGCGGCGGCGGCGGCGACGCGGCGGCGCCCUCGGCGAAGGCGUCGGAUUUCGUCGUCGGCGACCGCGUGCUCUACAAGGCCAAGAAGGGCUCGACGCAGGCGCCGGAGAAGGGCACUGUGCUCAAGGUCCACUGGGACGCCGGCGACCCGCCCUACUACACGGUGACGCUCGACUCGACGGGCGCGGAGCGGCAGACGGACGCGAACCGGCUGGCCAAGUUCGUCCCGGACUACAACGGCGGCCCCGCGACGCCCCAGCGGCCCGCGCAGAUGGACUGGCCCGAGCCGCCGCCGUCCCAGCGCCGCCGGCCGGCGGCCUUCGGCCAGGCGCCGCCGCCGGGCCAGCCCCAGUUCCCGGGCCAGCCCCAGUUCCAGGGCCAGGGGGCCUACGGCCAGCAGCCCCAGUUCCAGUCGCCGCAGCAGCAGAUGCCGCCGCGGCAGCCCCAGUUCCAGGGCCAGCCGGGCUUCGCCUCGCCGCAACAGAUGACGCCGCAGCAGCAGCAGAUGCUUAUGCAGCAGCAAAUGCGGCAGCAGCAGAUGAUGCAGCAGCAGAUGACGCCACAACAGCAGCAACAGAUGAUGAUGAUGAGGCAGCAACAGCAAAUGCAGCAGCAGCAGAUGCAGCAGCGCCAGGGCGGCUUCCCCCCGCAACAGGGCUUCCCGCCACAGCAGGGCUUCCCGCCGCAGCAGCAGGGCUUCCCGCCCCAGCAGCAGCAGCGCCCGCCCCAGCCCCAGGGCGGCUUCCCGUCGCCCUUCUGA